CGCCAACGUCACGUGUGGGGUCGGCGUUAAGCGGGCCGAGGGCGGCCAAGUCACGCCUUAUCUCCUGAUAGCGUCCCUGGCCGAGAAACUUUCGUGCAAAGUAGGUCUUUAGCCUCUCCAUUAGUGCUCUACGGCGGUCCACUUAACCCUCUUUGCCCCUUCCUCGACCCUCUCUCCUCUCUGGCGCCCCCCACCCUUCACUCCACCCUCCACCCCCUGGCCCACCCCAUGUCCCACUUCACGUCCCGUUCUUGGCGAAUGGUGCACAAACCUCCAUGAAUGACGUGAUGCCGCCACAAACGCAGUGCCGACGCAGCGCCUCGGGCCAAUCUUAUUCCUUUCCACGCUGAUUUUCGCCGUGGGGGGGUUAUCGAGGCGGAUACACGCUACGACACACUACCUUAGUCGGCAGACGCAGGCAGGGCUGUAGUUGGCUUCGCUGGCUUCGCCGAACGGGGAUGCGAUGGUGCUAUCCCAGUCACGGCGCUAUGGCGCUAUGUGCUCGUAGGAAGGCGGGUCAGAGCAGAUAUAUAGUAUCGCCGUGUCCCUCGCUAGCCACACGGCCUCACCUUGAUAUCCCAUCACCCCAGCAGCAUGGCCGAAUAUCGAGGGCCAACAACCAAGGACGCGUCCUCGCUGGAGGACCAGACUGACCAUGACGUGAGCAGCACGAGCGAGCGGGUGGAUCCGGACAGCGGCGUGAGGCGCGGCCUCAAGACCCGGCAUCUCAGCAUGCUCGCAUUGGCGGGGAUUAUUGGGCCCGGCUUGCUCGUGGGCGCGGGCGGCGCGUUACACCAGGGAGGCCCUGCGCCGCUGCUGAUCGGCUUUGGCGUCAUCGGCAUCAUCGCGUUCAGCAUCAUGCAGUCCCUCGGCGAGAUGACAACGCUGUAUCCCAGCGGGGGCGCAUUCACCAAACUCGCGGACCGCUUUGUCGACCGGGCCUUCGGCGCCGCGGUCGGCUGGAACUAUUUUAUCAUUUGGGCCGCGGUGUUGGCGAACGAGUACAAUGCCAUCUGCUCCAUCUUCAACUUCUGGAGCGACAAGGUCCCGCUGUGGGGCUACUUCCUGCUCUUCUGGUUCUUCUUCCUCGGAUUCCAGUUGCUCGGCGUGGAGGCCUUUGGAGAGGCGGAGUUCUGGCUCGCGCUGGUCAAGCUGGCGGGCCUGGUCGCGUACUUCAUCUUCUCCAUCAUCUAUGCGGCGGGAGGGCUGAAGGGGCAGACGGAGCCCCUCGGCUUCAGGUACUGGCACGACCCGGGCGCAUUCACGGACGGCUUCCGCGGCGUCGCAUCCGUCUUCGUCUUCUGCGCAACUUUCUAUGCCGGCUGCGAGUCCAUCGCCGUGGCCGCGACAGAGACCAAGAACCCGUCCGUCGCCGUGCCGCUCGCGAUCCGCCAGGUCUUCUGGCGCAUUCUCUUCAUCUACAUGGGCAGCGCCUUCUUCUUCGGGCUCACGUGUCCCGCCAACUCGCCGCAGUUCUCCGAGGCGGCGCGCGCCCUCAAGUCGCCCAUGAGUAUCGCCAUCCAGAACGCCGGCUGGUACGGUGGCGUCCAUCUCAUCAAUGCCUUCAUCUUUGUCACGUGUCUGUCCGCCAUCAACUCCUCGAUCUACAUAGGCAGCCGUACCGUGCUCUUUAUGGCGCAGGACGGCAAAGCCCCCGCUAUCCUGGGCAAGACUAACAAGCGCGGCGUCCCCACCGCCGCCAUUGUCUUCACCAACCUCUUCGGUGCGCUGUCCAUGAUGAAUGUCUCCACCGGCGCCGCCACGGCCUACAGCUACAUCGUCAAUCUGUCGGGCGUGUCGACCUUUCUGGUCUGGGGCGCAAUCUCCUUUAUCCACAUCCGCUUCCGUAGCGCUUGGGCCGUCCAGGGACGCCGCGUCGAAGACCUCCCCUACCGGUCGUGGCUGUACCCGUACAACGCCUGGUUUGGGCUCGGCGCGAACAUCUUCCUCGCACUGAUUCAAGGUUGGACUACGCUGGCGCCAUUCACGGCUGGCACAUUCGUGGAUGCGUAUAUCCUGCUCGUGCUGUUCCCGGUCAUUUUCGGGGUCUUUAAGUGGGUGAACAAGACGGAGUGGCAGAAGAUCGAGGAUGUGGACCUGGAUCAUGGCCGCCGUGCCGAUGUGGACAUCGCGAGUGUCGAGGACGAGAAUACGGUGGAUACGGGGAAGGGGAGGUCGCUGUGGAGAAAACUUUGGCAGGGAUUCUAGGCGUAAGGGAGGAGUCCUGGAGGAACAGUUCCAAGGCGUAGUCCUAAUGAGAGCAAUUAGAGCGUGGCGUGGAUUGACAUAUACCCGGCUUUGACCCAGGCGCGAAUUUGCUGUGCGCAGUUGUAUUGACACUAUUAGAUGUACCACAGCCUAAAUUAUUGGAACGACAAAUGAUAUGGCUCGUUUCCGCUUCACGUGCUAUAAAUGUCUGUUCAGUUUGUGAUGGAUGCGAGAUGGAUAGCUUUGAAAUGUGAUGCUUCUGACAUGUGGACGCCCUAACUGUCACAUGGCUUCGAUCGAUGCCACCACAAUGUUGCCCGG